GUUAUCCAAAGGGAACCAACCUUCUCACCGUGUAGCUCGUAGGAAGGGUAUAAGCGUUACACCGUUGCUCCAUGUAAACAGUUCCUCCAACAUGCGGUUGUCUGCUUGCUAUGAACGUGGAGUUCAGCCUCGCUCUUGUACGUUUACGGAUUUAUUUAUUUAUUUUAAAAAAUGUGACGCUUUAAGCAAUUAUUUCACUAUUUAACUGCGACGCGAAAGAACUUAAAAGAUUAAACGAAGCGACGGCAGCGGAGUUCCAUGGAGGUGGAGGGCCGGGACUUCCUCAACUCUCCGCCCGUGAAGACGGUCCGGUUCGGGGGCAGCGUGGCGGAGACGCUGGACAAACUGAGAAAGGGAGACAAGAGCGACUAUGAACUCCUGAAGCAUCAGCUGGCGGAUCCGGACAUAAAGGACGCGCAGAUCAUCAGCUGGCUGCAGGAGUUUCGGAGCUGCAUGACCCAGCUGACCAAAGACCAUGAACAGCUCAUUUACACCGUUUUAAGGCUUCCGUGGGUGGGCCGGAGCCAGGCCGUGGUGGACGAGUUCCUGGCCUUCCUCAGCAACCUGGUGUCAGCACAGACCGUGUAUUUAUGCGCCUGCCUCAAAAUGGUGGUGUCCCACUUCACUCCCAAGCGGGUGACCAUCUGUGAGGGAGGAGUUGAUAUCUCUGAUUCAGAAGAUGAGGAGGACACCGACCUCCCCAGAAACUUUGACCUCUGUCACCAGGCGCUGCAGCUCAUCAUCAAAUACGUUCCCUCGACAAGUCGCUUCCUCAUGCCCGUUCUCCAAAACGGCUUCCCUUUUGUCCAGAAAUCCCCCAGAACUCUGGAAUGCUACGUCCACAACCUGCUGAGGCUGACCGUCUACAUCCCAUCCAUCCGUCGAGACGUGCUGGAGCUGAUCGUUGGGCAGCUGCUCAAACUGGAUGUCAGCGCAUCAAGGGCAGAGAUUGAGGAGGCAGAGGAGAACCAGAACCAGCCUGAGGAGGGACUCUUUGACAUGGAUGAGGACAUGACUGCAGACCAGCCGCAUCGGACCAACAUGAUGGCCCACCCAGUGGCUGAGAGACUGGACACACUCAUGGUUGUUCUGAUGGCUUACAUUAGAGACGUCUGCAAUGUGGAUGGUUCGUUUCACGCUGAACGAACCAAGGAACUCUACAAAGACCUGCUGAGUGUGUUCGACAAGCUCAUUCUGCCGACUCACGCUUCCGGUCACGUGCAGUACAUGCUGUUUUACCUCUGCAGCUUCAAACUGGCUCUGGCCGAGGCCUUCCUCGAUCACCUGUGGAAGGUUCUGCAGAACCCGACGCAGCCCGCCAUCCUGCGCCAGGCCGCAGCCGGAUACAUGGGCAGCUUCAUGGCUCGAGCCAAGUUCGUCCCUGUUCUCACCGUCAGGGCGUGUCUGGACCUGCUGCUCACCUGGAUCCACGCCUACAUCGACAACCAGGACAGCAGCGGCCGGCAGGUCUGCUGCGAUAUCAGCCUGCAUGGACCCUUCUACGCCGCCUGCCAGGCCGUCUUCUACACCCUGGUGUUCAGACACAGAGCCAUGCUGGAGGCCAACAUGAAGAAAGGGUUGGAGUAUCUACAGAGUCUGAACCUGGAGCGGCUGGUCAUGUGUCAGCUGAAUCCACUCAAAGUAUGUCUGCCUUCAGUCACCAGCAUGUUCGCAGCCAUCACCAGGAAGUACCAGGUGGUUUUCUGCUACACCAUCAUAGAGAGGAAUAACAGGCAGGUGCUGCCGGUGGUCCGCAGCUCUGCAGGAGGAGACGGAGUGAUCACCAACACCAACCCUCUGGACAGCUUCUUCCCCUUUGACCCCUACCUGCUCAAACGGUCUGGUCAGCUGAUUGAACCACUCUAUCAGGCUUGGGAUGACCUCGCAGAAACUGAUCUGCUUCCUCCCAAAACAGCUCAACAGGCCCUGAAGGAGGAUGAAGACGAUUUCUUGAGUGGGGAGACGCCACACGGAGACGGCGUGCUUGGACUGACCCCCAGCUCGUACGACUCCAACAUCUGCAGCCCCAACGGCGUGGGUUCUCCCCCCAUGGCCCAACACCAAGCCUUCAAGUUUUAAUCCCUCGCCGUGACCAGAGGAUCCAUGAACAGUGACUUUAUUUCUGCUGCUUAAUGCUGCAGCCGCCCUCAGAUGGAACAUGAAUAUGAACAAGAUGUGGGUUAUUUUUUAAUUGUGGUACUGUACAGUACUCCAAGAGAGCUCACACACACCUAUGAACAUUUUCUAUGAAUAGAUUAUGUUUUAAAUAAACAGUUAAAGGUACCAAGUUUUGGUGUGGUACGUAUUCACCAAGCAACCAUGGUAACGCAUGGUGAGCACAUGGCUGUUAAACCACAGACACAGCUAAGGUUUCUCAGAACACUUUUCAGCGCAGACCGUCAGCUGAGCCAUCAGGAGCUUUACGUUUUACUUUAUAUACAUCAAUUCAUGGUUCUCCCGCAACUUUCUCCAGCUGAACAGAAACAAAACAGAAGUUUUUAUCUUUGGACCUGCAGAGGAAUGAUCCAGAGUCAUCACACAGCGUCAGCUAUUACAGCUGGAAACUAGUGAUCAGGCUGGAUAUAGUGAUGAACUCUGACCUGAACCGUCUGAGCAACAUAAAGGCGGUUACAAAGUCGGCCUUCUGUCACCCGAGAACAUUUCCAGAAUUAGAGGACUGAUGUCCCUACAAGAGCUCGAGAAACUAAUAAAAAGUCUAAAAAUGGAAAGACUGAAACAAAAAGACAGGACUUCCAUCAUGAAACACGCCCUGCUGGCUC